CAAGUCUGCCCAAAUGUGCCUAAUUGGUUUAUUGAUACAUUUUCAAAUUCAUAAAUUUGCAUGCUCCUCAAACAAUAGCAUGGUAAUCUAUCACUGUAAUAGUGACUGUAAAUUGGACAGUGUAGUUUAACAAUAAUUUACAUUUUCUGCCCAUACCAAAUAAGUCUGGGAAAUGUUCUUGUUAUUUACAACCUCAUGCUAAUCACAGUAGCCUAUGUUAGUUUAUGCGUCCCGCCAAGCAGAACGCCGAUCCCAAAUGCUUAUUUUAAUGACCGCCUACUCCGGCCAAACCCUGACGACGCUGGGCCAAUUGUGCGCCGCCCUAGUGGAAAAGUCGAAGCGAGAGCGCUCACUCUCGCCAAAUUAUGUCUAGAAUAAACCCAAUACGUUUCUUUGGGCUUAAUAUGCAGUCCUAAACUUGUCCCCUGCCUUCCCGUCUAUGGUGGAGAGAUGAGCAUCUCGUCAUUAUAUACACCUCUAUGGUUUAAUAAACAUUUGACCAAUUUGACUAAACGCCACAAGAGGUCGUAUUUGUCAUAGCUUGGUUUUAGUCGGCUGGUCAGUAUGUCUGACAUUUCGUCAAAGGCGGUGCAUGACGGGUUGUCUGCCAAAUAUGAUGGGAAACAAAUCAUAUCAUUGGAAAUGUAUAUGUAAUCAACGGAGAGACGAUAGCUUGUCAGGAUAGAGAGAGUCUGGCUUUACGUAAUUGUUUCAAAGGUGCACAUUCUAAAACGGCAGUAAUAAGCACUAAUAAAGGGUUGAUCUCAGGAAAACAGUUAACUACUUCCUAGAUGCAUUCUCUGUCCAUGGGGCAGGGCUGUAGCAGCAGCAGCUCAGGUGCCCCCUCUGGCUCGGUGGUACAGGUGUGCUUCCCCAGCUCCCAGGCGUCUGUACUGGACAGCCUGAACAGGCAGCGCGAGGAGGGCCAGCUCUGUGACCUCUCCAUCCAGGUCCAGGGGCAGGUGUUCAAGGCCCACCGCUGUGUGCUAGCUGCAUCCUCACCCUACUUUCACGACCAGGUGCUCUUGAAGAACAUGUCCACCGUCUCCAUCCCUGCCGUCAUGGACCCACUGGCGUUCGAGAGCGUCCUGAGCUGCGCCUACACGGGCCAGCUGCGCAUGCUCCGCGAAGACAUCGUCAACUACCUCACCGUGGGCAGCGUGCUGCAGAUGUGGCACAUCGUGGACAAGUGCACAGAGCUCCUCAAAGAGGGGCGGGUGACGGGGAGUGGUAGUGCAACCCAGGGUGUCAUUGGGGGAGCGCAGGGGAACCCUGGAUGCAGUAGCAGUGAAAGCUCCCUAGGGGCUGGGAGUGCCCAAGCUGGGGGAAGCAACACCCAGCCAGCCCCUCCCCCUCCCAGCCGCCCGUCCCUGAGUGAGAGCCAGUCUCCCAGCAGCACCAACUACUUCAGCCCCAGAGACACUAACUUUGGAGGGGGAGCGGCGGCCGCUGGAGCUGCAGGGGAGGGAGGCGUGAACUCCACCCCCAGCUACUGCACCCCUUCUGGGGGCGAAGAAUCUUUCCUCAUCGAAGAAGAGGAUGAAGAAGAGGAAGAAGAGCUCUUAUACCAUAGGAAGCGAGGGAGCAGCAGGAGGAAGCCGACGGCCUCUGUCUCAGACCAAGAGGUUGGAGUCAGCGACAGCUUCGGGGUGUCGUCCUACCAAGACGGGGAUGCCUCCCCUCUCCAGAAGCGGCCCACAUACAGCCAGCCCAGCAUCAUGCCCCGGAAGCAGUGGGUGGUGGUAAAAACAGAGAGGCCCCAGGACGAUGACCUGAUCGUGGUGUCGGGUGAGGAAGGACCAGAUGAGGAAGAGGAGAGAGAGUUGGAGAUGCUGAGGGAGAGGGAGAGGACGUUCAACAUAUCCAACAUUAGGACUCUGUCUGGAGAGUUGAGCAGCAAAGCGGACCAUGAGAUGGAGACACAGAUGGAUUACUGCCAGUCUUCUGAAGACUACCUCAAGUUUGACAGUGGUUUGAUGGACCAGACUCCCCCACAGCACCUUCAUGACAGCGCUGGUCAGGGUGGUGGCAGAACAGUCUCAGCCCUACUAGGCCAGGUCCAGUCUGCUGCUAGAGCUCAGCUCUUUCCCAUAGACAUGCAAGGCAACCAGAUCCUCAUGUACAGACAAUCCUCUCUAGAUUCCUCUCAACCCAUAGGAAUGGGAGGUGGUAUGGCCGGGGCACCAUUUAAAGGGCCAAACCUGGAGCAUGGAGCAGUCCAUUUGUCAGCACAGGGGGGUUUGGGCGGUGGCUUAGAUGGACUGGACGGGGGUGGUGGCGGGAGUUCAGGGAAGGUGUUCAUGUGCCACUGUGGAAAGACCUUCACCCACAAGAGCAUGCGCGACCGUCACAUCAACAUGCACCUGGACCUGCGGCCUUUCAACUGCCCGGUUUGCGCCAAGAAGUUCAAGAUGAAGCACCACCUGACGGAGCACAUGAAGACCCACACGGGGCUCAAGCCCUACGACUGCCACGGCUGCGGCAAGAAGUUCAUGUGGCGCGACAGCUUCAUGCGGCACCGCUCCCACUGCGAGGGACGGAGCGGAGCGGCUGGCAGGAGCGAGGAUGGGGGAGGGUCCGACCGCGCUGAUGGGAUCUCCCCACAGCAUCUCCCUCAUCUCCCUCUCUCGACCAGCGAGGCCGGUCACGGUGUCGUUGGUGGCAGGAAUGGGAACUCUGUCUUGUCCCCACAUCAUUCCAGUACAGGUAGCAGCAGUAAUGCGGUCUCUUGCCUGACUAUGGCCAGUUCUGGAGUGCUCUUAGGGGUCAACUCUCAGAGCGUGAUGCAGGGUCAAGGUUCAUCUGUGUUUGGUCUGGGGGUCAGCCGAGGUGGGUGUGAGGAGGAAGUGUGUGAGGUUGGUGCUAAUGAUAGUGUCACUUAACCAAACGGGUGAACAACACGAGUGUUUAAGACAAGAGGCUUUGAAGAGGCAUUCCAAUGACCAUUGGAAAGUGCCCCCCUUUGGCAAAUGGCUCGGGACCAUUGUACAGUUCAGUAUACUCUUAAAUGUCAAGUUUAUUCCCUGUAUGACUGUUUAGUGGCACAUUCUAUGUCAAGAAAACCAAAAAUCAAGAGAUAAUAACUCACCAAUGACAGCUUUGGCAAAAUGUUAACUAGAGUUCGAGAGGAAAGUUGCUGUUGUAAGUGAUGUGUCCUAUGAUAUUAUAUGCAUUUUCUGCCACAGAAUGUGCAUUUCAAGUAAGUGUCUGAAGAAGACACUUGCAGUACUGCCAUCUUGUUUCACACUGGUGAUGUGUCCACUAUCCAAUUGCAGUGUUAUGGUACAGUAUUACUGUAAAUACAAUCCUAUUAUCAGUUACUAAUCUGUUACCAUUUAUGAUAGGUGCAAAACUAUACAGUGUAUAGUGCGUUUUUACAAGUAAUCCUCAUAAGUAUUGAUGGUAGACAAAAGCAUUAGUCUGGAGAUUAGGUUUCUUACCGAUCGUUCCUCACUCAAACUGCCAAAUUCCAACGCCUGCCUUGAGACAUUGACUACUAUUAACAGUAGGGUGGAUAAACAAAGCAGCAUUCACCGUGAUUCUGUAUGUUUUUAACCGAGGUUUUACCUUCUAUGAAGGCUCUGGAUGUAUUUUUCUGCAGGAGAAAAAAACAGGUCUGGAUCUAAGAGAAAGACGUUGUUUUUAGUGUAUACUUAUCUGUUAGGUCAGGAUUGGUCAAAUGUAUGAAAGAUGUAGCUCUUGUUUGCAGCAGUUUGAUGGAUGAAAUUUGAUUUGAAGUGAGCUUAAACUAAGUGUAUAUAAAGAUAUUUAUGUUUAGAUAGAUUUAUCAAAUAGGGAAUAUAGAACUAUUUAACUCUAAUUUAUGUCAUUUGACUGCCUUACUAUAGCAUACAGUGGGCGUAAGGUUAGAAAUUGACACCCUUGAUAAAGAUGAGCAACAAAUGACUGUAUAAAGUAAUUGCAAUACUGAGCUAUAUUGUAUCUCCCCCCCAUAAUAAUUGGGAAAUGAUUUUAUACUGAUACAAUUGUUCAGAGAGAUUUUGUUUAACAAGUAAUAUUCAUUCUCAAAAAGUAGGGCUCAAACUUAUUGACACCCCUGUUUUCAGUACCUUGCGAGGAUAACAGCACUGAACCUUUCUCUAAAAUGGUUUAUGAGUUGGAGAACACAUUACGAGGGAUCUUGGACCAUUCCUCCAUACAAAAUCCACCCAGAUCCUUGAUAUCUGUUGUCUGUGCUUUAUGUCAAGUCCGGAGACAGACUAAGGUAACACGGCAUCAUGAACUUUACCCAGAACCAGGAAAUGUAUGCCAAAAACUUGGUUACCUCCAGUGGUGUAAAGUACUUUAGUAUUCUUUUUGUGAAUAUCUGUACUUUACUAUUAAUGACAACUUUUACUUCACUACAUUCCUAAAGUGAAUAAUGUACGUUUACCUCCAUAAAUUUUCCCUGACACCCAAAGGUACAUUACAUUUGGAAUUUUUAGCAGGACAUAGAAAUUGUUAAAUUCACACACUUAUCAAGAGAACAUCCCUACUGCCUCAAUCUGGCGGACUCACGAAACACUAAUGCUUCAUUUGUAAAUUGAGUGUGCUCCUGGCUUUUCAUACAUUUUUAAAAAA